AUGCUAAAGGAUAAAGCACUUGAGGAUACAUUUUAUUGGGUUUGUGAAAAAAGAAAGCUAGAAAAUUGUAAAGGUCGAGCAAUAACUAAAUUUAUUAAUGGUUCAUAUUAUCUUAAAAAAUUUAUUGAACAUCAUCAUUCACCUCAAGCUAGUGAUUCAGUUAUCUAUUCUUAUAUGCCAUCACAUAAUGCACUUUAUGCAACAACUAAAUGUAUUAGAAAAGCAGAAAUGCCAACAGAACUACAAAAUAUUGAUGGUAUUAAUAUUCCAGACUCACUUCAAUAUACUUUGGAUG